AUCAUGGAACGCGCCAGGAAAUUCUUCAAAAGCUGGCUAGCUAGCUCUUCUCCGCCUCCGGAAGCUUUAGGACCCUUUUAAGCCAUGCGUCGCAAUUCUCUCCGGCUGUUCUAGUCCAGCUAUAAUAAUACACAUUAAGAUUGCUAUCCCACCACAUCGAGAUCCAAUCUACAUGCUCUAUACAAUACAACAGUCUUAAUUUCGUCAUCCCCCUCCUCCUGCCAAUUGCCCACCAUGUUCUCCGUCAUCAUACCAGACCAUCCCUGUUUGACAGACAUCGUCGCAGUCGAGACACAACCAAACGGCCAAACCACCAAAUUCGCCUUCAAUUUCCCCCUUCCGCCCAAACUCACCGAACUUGUCGUCUUCUUUCUCCCCGGCACUGUCCUCCCGCCCGAUACCGCCGCUGCUAUCUACAUCCAAUUCCCCGACCCGAACAACGCACCCCAGUUCAAAUUUAUCGGUGCGCUAGCGAAUGAGAGACCAUCUGCGAUUCUUAAAGUGCAGGCCCCGCAAAUCCCAGGACUACAGAAUAGCAAUGCGAUGGCGGGCGCAGCACCAAUGGUAACGCUGGGGAUCUCGCUUGAACCUGUUCAAGCUGUUGCACCACAGAUCGCUGCGCUGGAGGCGGAACAAGCUGGCGGUGCGGGGUCGUCGUUAGAGUUGGUGCGACAUACACGACAGCAGAAAGAAAUUACUACGAAGGUGCUGGCGCAGAGGAUUAUUGGGAAUGCGUUCAAUUUCUUGGCGAGCUUUGCGUCGGAGGAUCCGAGCAAUAGAGGACAGGAAACUGUUCCGUUGAAGACUUUUCGUGAUUGGUGGACGAAGUUUGAGAGGAAGGUCGAGAUGGAUCCGACGUUUUUGGAGAGGGAGGAUCCGUCGGCUACGGGGUGAUAUAGUGCAGGUAUUGGGGUGUGAUUGUUUUACUGGGAUAUUGUUGCUUCGGAGGGUUUGUCAAUUUUAAGCGUUUGCAUUUCGGUGAUGGUUUUAUUGCGGAUCGGUAUAGGAUCUGUGGGGUUUGUUUUGAUUUCGGUGUCUCUGAUUAUAUAUAGGUCGCUCUAUACCCAUCGUUUAUGGUCAUCUGGCUAGAUGCGCUUGGGUUUGCGGUUUUAACCAUUUGCAUCUUUAGUGGAUAAAAGACAUCUAUUCU